CUGGUUUCCGGCCCUGAAUCUAUACCAUCACCCCCAAGAGGCUCUGCCAUAACCUAGUAGGACCAGCCUGGGAACCAGACCAAUACAGUGGGACUGCCUCUGAACUCACGCAACAACUGACGACAGAAAGGCAUCACAACCUGUUGAUUUUGGGGAAGCAUAUGCCAAAAUUGCAGCGACAUGAAUAACGUCUUCAACUUCGAGGAUUAUUAUUAUGACACCAAUAGCACCAUCAUCAACACCACCUUCGUGCCGGCCCCCAACACAUUGAGCUGUAAUGUUGAGAUUUCUCCCACAGUGGCCAGGCUGUUGUGUUUCACAUACAUUGUUAUUUUCCACAUGGCAGUAUCGGGCAACAUAUUGGUAGGGCUGGUGAUCUGUGUCAAUCGGCGCGUCCUGACUCCGUCUGACGUGUAUCUGUUCCACCUCACCAUCGCCGACUUCCUGCUGGCCCUCACGCUGCCCUUCUGGGCCACCAAGGCCGGCUUCCAGACUUGGAUUUUCGGUGACUUCAUGUGCAAGUUGGUCAGCCUCAUCACGGAGGCCAACUUCUACACCAGCAUCCUCUUUCUGGUGUGCAUCAGCAUCGACCGCUACCUCACUAUCGUCUGCGCCGCCAGUACACGCGUAUACCGCCAGCGCUACUGCAGUCGCUUCGCGUGUGCGUCCAUAUGGGCCCUGGGCGUGCUGCUGGCCCUGCCCGCACUCGUCAAAGAGGCCCUCGUCCUGACCACGGAGAAGGUGGCUUGCGCCGAGCCUUUGUUCGGCAAUUCGAUGUGGAAGGUCGCCACGCGGGUGCUCCGCCACGUGGUGGGCUUCCUGCUGCCACUGGUCGUCAUGGUGACGUGCUACGGCAUCACCAUCGCCAGGCUCCUGCGCACGCGUAGCUUCAAGAAGCACCGGGCCAUGCGGGUGAUCAUGGCGGUGGUGGGGGCCUUCCUGCUGUGCUGGAUGCCGUACCACCUGGCGGUGAUCACCGACACCCUGAUGCGGAUUGGGCUGCUGGAGUACGACUGCACGGCGAGGAAGGCGGCGGACACGGCGGAGCGGGUUACACUCUCGCUGGCUCUGGCCCACUGCUGCAUCAACCCCGUGUUGUAUGCCAUCGUAGGGGAGAAGUUCUGGGGCAACCUGGCCAAGAUCAGGAUCCACCGAGACGUGAUGGUCUCAAGGUCCAGGUACAGCAGGUCGACGUCUCAGACGUCUGAAGGGAACGGGCCGGUUUUCUGAAAUGACCCCGCUGAAAGGAGCGAGUUCUCAAGCCCGUGACCAAAGAUGGCAUGCAGGCAGCACGCUCACCACGGCUAAUUCUGUGUCUAUGAACCCUAUCUUAAAAUUUCAAAUGUUGUAAAAAAAAUCACGGCCUGCAACUUUCCACAAAAAAGGUCAGACCAACGAUCCCAGACCAAUAAUGGCAUUUGCCCAAGCAUCCAUUUUUUCUUGGCAGAAACAGAGUUGAUGUCGAAGACUGCCAUUUAUUCCACAACAUGGCAGCCGUAAUCUACUCUCUUGUAUUAAAAAAUAGCCAAGCGUGACGGUUCUCCUUUAACAAACCAUUUAUGCA